UGGAUAUAUAUAUAUAUAUAUAUAUAUCAACUGGUUGUGCCAGUCAUUCUCCAUUUCUGUAAUCACACUUCCUAUCUCAAAGUAUGGUGCUUCAAAAAUCUUUCUGAGGUGAAGUUUGCGGUUCUUGGGAUAUGGGAUAUGAUCAGAAGCUGAUUAGGAGCUCCAGCCGAGUGAAAUGUCGAAAGCUACAUUUAGCUUUUGUCACUACAUGUUGUUGUUUGGUCUCAGUAACCCUUCUUGUGGGAUAUUCUGUGUCUUCCACCAAGCUGAGUUCAUGGCUGUGGAAUCAUGCGGUUCCUGCAGCUGCUCCCAUGGCAGGAGGAAGGAUCGGUUCUCAAAAUCUGGCUGCAGACAAGCGAGAGUUGAAGCCUGUGUGUGAUUUCGCAGACGCAAGAUCCGUUGUCUGUGAACUGGAGGGUGAUAUCAGGAUCCAUGGCAACUCCUCCUCCAUCUUGUUUGCCAGCUCCAACCCUGCAUCAUGGCAGAUGAAGCCUCACCCCAGGAAGGAUGACCCCAAUGCACUGUCUCGUGUCACCCAAAUCUCCGUGACAUCCUUCACCGCCGACGGAGACGCCCCUCGGUGCGCCGUGAGCGGCAGCACGCCUGCCAUCGUCUUCUCCACGGGAGGAUACAUGGGCAACCCGUUCCAUGACUUCACCGACGUCCUCAUCCCCCUCUUCAUCACCUCAUUCCAGUUCGACGGCGAAGUCCGGUUCCUGGUGGGCGACAUCGCGCCAUGGUGGAUCCAAAAGUACGAGCCCAUUCUCACGGGGCUCUCCCGUCAUGACAUCAUCGACCUGAACCGGGACGACGUCGUCCGCUGCUUCCCCCACGUCAUCGUCGGCCUCAGGUUCCACAAGGAGAUGAGCAUCGACCCCUCGAGGACGCAGAACGGGCUGUCGAUGCUCGACUUCGGGCGAUUCGUGCGGCGUUCCUUCGCGCUGCGACGGGAGAGCGCGACGAAGCUGGGAGCCGAUCGGGACAAGAAGCCGAGACUCCUCAUCAUCGCCAGGAGGGCGACGAGGGUGUUGGAGAACGUGGACCAAGUAGCUCGAGCGGCUCGAGGGUUGGGCUUCGAGGUGGUGGUGGCGGAGGCGGGAAGGAAGACCAACUUGACUGCGUUCGCGCGGCUGGUGAACUCGUGCGACGGAAUGAUGGGCGUUCAUGGCGCCGGGCUCGCCAACUUCGUCUUCCUCCCCAUGAACACGACGCUCAUCCAAGUCGUGCCUCUGGGUCAACUGGACGAGCUCGCCAGGGUUGACUUCGGCGCGCCCGCAGAAGACAUGGAGAUGAAGUACUUGCAGUACGGUAUAAGUGAAGAGGAAAGCACACUGAUAGAGCGGUAUCCGAGAGACCAUACGGUCUUCAAAGAUCCCACAGCCAUCACAAAACAAGGGUGGACUGCUCGCAGAUCUGUGUAUCUACUCAACCAAAACGUGAAGAUUGAUGUGGUCAGGUUCAGAGAUGUGUUGAUACAAGCACUUGAGUUUCUUCACCAAGAGUGAUAUCUCAUAGCUUUAGUGCAGUGAGAUUGGGGAGAUGCUUCUGGUUUUUAUGAGGUCUGUGGCACAAUAUGAAGGAUUUGAUUGGGAGUUCAUGUUGGGUGGAGUCAAAGACAAAUCCAUAUGUAGGUGUUAAGAUUUGGAUUGUAGAUCUUGUUCUUCCUGCUAAAGAGGCAACAUUUGCUUCAGUCAACUAUCAU